AAGGUAAGAGUGAGUGAGAGCAAGUAAGGAUGGAUCUUGCAGAGAAGAAUACUUCUUAUAAUCUCCGUUUUCUUUUGAUCAUAUUCAUAAUUUGAGCUGUUGUAACUUGUAUCGCAGCUUCUGCAACUAUCCCAAAAGCAAAUGCUCUUUUGAAAUGGAAAUCCACUUUCACAAACCAGAGACGCUCAUCAAAGCUGUCUUCAUGGGUCAAUGAUGCAAACAUCAAUACUAGCUUUUCCUGCACCAGUUGGUAUGGUGUUUCCUGCAACUCACAAGGGAGUAUCGAAAAGUUAAACCUUACUGACAACGCUAUAGAAGGAGCCCUCCUCGCUCAACCUACUUCCACGGUGGUGUCGCCGUAUAUGCUGUCCAGUUCCGAUAACCCUGGUACUGUUAUCACCUCUAUUUUACUCAAUGGAGACAACUACAAUGAAUGGUCUGAAGAGAUGUUGAAUGCUCUUCAAGCCAAACGGAAAACAGGAUUCAUUAAUGGCUCAAUCCCGAAGCCUGCAAGUAACGAUCCAGAUUUUGAAAAUUGGAAAACUGUGAACUCGAUGAUUGUGGGAUGGAUCAGGGCUUCGAUUGAACCAAAAGUUAAGUCUACCGUCACUUUUAUCUCAGAAGCUAAUCUUCUGUGGACUGAGUUGUAGCAGCGGUUCUCUGUGAGUAAUUACGUUCGCGUGCAUCAGAUCAAGGCACAACUUGCCUCUUGUCGACAACAUGGACAGACUUGUCGUCGAGUACUACGGAAAGUUGUGUCAUCUUUGGGAUGAAUUGAAGAAUUACCAAGCUAGUCCAGUGUGUCCGCAUGGCUCGAUUCUAACUGCAAUUGUUACCGAACGAGAUAAUGAGAAGCUUCAUCAGUUUAUCAUGGUCCUUGAUGAUGCACGAUUUGGAGGGAUUUGUACGAGUCUCAUCAAUAUGGAUCCACUCCCCACCCUUGGUGUUGCUUAUUCUAAAGUUAUUCAACAAGAGCAACGGCUUCAGGCUUCUCGUCUUCAGGAAGAUCGUCAUGAAGCUGUCGGGUUUGUGGUUUGUCACCAAGGUUCUUCCAUCGGCACCGAUCUUCCCACCGGGACUCGUGUUGAGUCUUCUGUCAUUAAGUCUCGUCCUGUUUUGUGUUCUCACUGUGGCCAUUCUGGACAUGGAAAGAAGGACUGUUGGUCCAUUGUCGGUUUUCCUGAUUGGUGGACCGAGCGUAAUAGUAUUGGACGUGGCUCCGGUAGUCGUGGUCGUGGUGGGCGUGGAACUGGUUCGGGUCGUGGUAGAGGACAGUUUGCUACCGCUCACGCGACAAGCUCCAACCCGUCUAUGUUUCCUGAAUUUACACAAGAUCAACUUCGUGUUCUCUCUCAGAUGAUUCAAGAGAAAUCUUCUACUGCUGGUAACUCCGAUAAAUUGUCUGGACCGUUUCUCGAGGACUUUGAUUGGAAGAGGUGAAGAGGGUGAUGGAGUUUAUUAUCUAACGGAUGUUGCUACUGCCAAGAUACACACGG